AUGACUGCCAAUUCUGAAAAGAUUGCCCCGGAGGCAUUGAUCCCGAAAUUCGAAAUCGAAAGGCUCCUAAAGCAAGACCAAAAUGGCCGUCGCAUCGCGAUGCUCGGCUCCAUCGACGGCCAACAAGGGAUCCUCAUGGCUGAACGAACAGCCUUCGCAACCGAAUCCCUCCAAGUCCUAAAAGCCUUCCAUGCCGCGAUCCAACGAGUAAACAACCUAGGUGACAACGACAUCUACAGAUGGUACCUCGCAUCUUCCGGUGUUGGUACUCAAGGCCAAGACCAAAGCAACGCAAGCGACCUCAAACUAAACCUCAUCUGGCCAUGCACGGCGCAACAUAUCAAGAAAUACUCGGAUCAGAUUCUCCGUAUGGUGACCGAGACACCAGAGGUCUACCGCAAUCACAUCCGUCCUUACAUGCAAGCAAAGAAAGAAGGUGGGAGUUUGAACUGGGUAUACAACAUCCUUGAAGGCCGCACGGAGCAAGAAGAUGUCAUCUUCCGGGAUCCCGGGCAACAUGGUCAAGAUGAGGGCUUCUUGAUGCUGCCGGAUCUCAACUGGGAUCGGAAGAGUAUGGGAUCGCUGCAUCUGCUUGCCUUGAUCAAUCGAAGGGAUAUCUUGAGUUUGCGGGAUUUGUCGAAACGGUAUCUUCCGUGGUUAAGGUAUGUGCGGAAGCGGAUCCUCGAGGAGACGGUUAGGAUGUAUCCGGAACUGGAGGAGGAUCAGUUGAAGCUUUAUGUGCAUUACCAACCGACUUACUACCACUUCCAUAUCCAUGUUGUCAAUGUGAUGCUGGAAGCCGGUGCCACACAGGCCACUGGGAAGGCAUUCGGUUUGGAGAAUAUCAUCUCUCAGUUGGAGACUAUGUCCGGUGAUGAGAACUCGAGUAUGGCAGAUGUCAACUUGGCUUACUUUGUCGGCGAGGCUAGUGAACUGUGGACGAGCAUUUUCGGGCCACUUAAGCAGGGACAGAAGCCUGCUAUUGGAAGCUAA